AUGAUUUUUCCUCCUCCAGAAAACAAGAUUUUGGUGAAGCAGUCGCCCAUGCUUGUGGUGGACAACAAUGCCGUCAACCUUAGCUGCAAAUAUACCUACAACCUCUUUUCAAAGGAGUUCCGGGCAUCCCUUUAUAAGGGAGCAGACAGUGCUGUGGAAGUCUGUGUUGUGAAUGGAAACUACUCCCAUCAGCUUCCCUUUCACUCAAAAACGGGAUUCAACUGUGAUGGGAAAUUGGGCAAUGAAACAGUGACAUUCUACCUCUGGAAUUUGUUUGUUAACCAAACAGAUAUUUACUUCUGCAAAAUAGAAGUCAUGUAUCCUCCUCCUUACAUAGACAAUGAGAAGAGCAAUGGAACCAUUAUCCAUGUGAAAGAGAAUCAUCCAUGUUCAACUCCCCGAACUCCUGAGUCUUCUAAACAACUUUGGGCACUGGUGGUGGUUGGAAUCUUGGCUUUUUAUAGCUUCCUAGCAACAGUGAUUCUUUCUAUUUGCUGGAUAAAGAAUAAGAGGAACAGGAUUCUUCAGAGUGACUACAUGAACAUGACCCCUCGGAGGCCAGGGCCCACCCGCAAGCACUACCAUCCCUACGCCCCAACACGAGACUUUGCAGCGUACCGCUCCUGA